AUGGACGACAAUCAGGCUGCGGAGGGCGACAACAGGCGGGAACUGUUCCUGCAGUGCAGCUUUGCGAUUGUUCGCUCUGCCGGCUUGACAGAGGAAGAAGCUGAGACUAAAGCGGCCGAGCUGCGACUGCACGGUGGCAAGGUUGUGAUAGACAGAUAUCCAGAAGAUCGGCUGGACCUUCGAGGCAUCACCCAUGUUAUCUCGGCCAUCUCCGACUUCCCCGACUACAACGCCUGCUUCAAUGCUCUGAUCCCCGUCGUCAAGCCCACGUGGGUUGAGCAUUCACUCGCAAAGGAUCGACUUCUCAAUCCCCGCCAAUAUAGCCCAGAUCCUCGCUACUUCAUGUCCGAUGUGGUCGCAUGUGUAGGCGAUUUACCGCAGGGUGAUGCCGAGGCGAUCGCAGGAGGAAUAUUGGCCAUGGGAGGCUUGUUCUCGACGAAGCUCACAAACCAAAUAACCCAUAUCAUCGCGCUGUCUAUGGACUCGGAAUCGGUCGCCAUUGCCGCAAAGAGGAAGCUUGUGGUCAAAGUGGUCCUGCCCCAUUGGGUGGACGAUUGUCUGAAACUGGGGAGAAAAAUUGAUGAACAUCCAUAUCAGUUUCCGCAUCCCGAGCUCCUGGAACCUGACGCUGGCAGGAUUCCUACCGCAAAGCGGAAGCAGCAACUGGGCGGCGCGGCACAUCCCGACCCGGUACAAUUAAAACAGGAUCCCAAUCCACCCCGGAAGCUGCAGAACGUUUUCCGAAAGAAGGCCGUCAUGCUGGCAGAUGACUUGGGCAUCGGAAAAUAUCUGCGUGAGACGCUGGAGGGUCUCAUAACUGCUGGUGGGGGGACAGUCACAAAGUCGUUGACCAAAGCCGAUAUGUACAUCUGCAAGUAUCGGGAUGGGGCGGAUUACAAAACAGCUUCGAGAGCAGGGAAGGAUGUCGGAAAUUUGUCUUGGCUCUAUUUCUUAAUACAAACCGACGAGUGGACAUCGCCAACGCGACGCAUGUUACACUAUCCAGUGGCAAAGGAUGGGCUUCCAGGGUUUCCCGGCCUCAUCAUCAGUCUCUCCAACUAUAGUGGUGAAGCGAGAAACUAUCUCGAGAACCUGAUCAUUGCGACUGGUGCCAGAUGCACCAAGACCCUCAAGCAGGACAACACGCAUCUCAUCACCGCCCACGACCAGAGCGAGAAGUGCGCGGCUGCAAAAGAAUGGGGAGUCCAUAUUGUCAACCACCUUUGGUUGGAAGAAAGCUAUGCGCGGUGGAAGAUGCAAAGCAUAACUGACAGGAGAUACACCCACUUUCCCCCGCGCACAAACCUGAGUGACGUUGUCGGCUGUACUCAGUUGGACCGCAAUGUCCUUGAACAAAAUUUCUUCCCUGAUGUUGACACCGAUCAUAGGACAACGCCUCAAGCAGAUAAAAGGACAGUUGGUGCCAAACAACCAUCGUCCGUGGGAAGGGCCAAGAGCGAGCAGACCGCCAAAGCUGGCCCGAGUAGCCCAAUGAAGAAAUUGCAGACCCCGGUGACUCCCAGGUUCACUUCACCAGGAAAGGAGAACACAACCCCAUCAACACCCCAUAGUCGCAAGUCCAAGGAAGUUGCAGUGUCUCGAUUGCAAGUACAGGCCGAGGAUAUGCUCCUCUUCAACAAAGAGAGCAAACGAAGAGGCGGCGUGAUCUACGGUGGGCGACGCAAAUCAGAUCCCGAUCGUGUUCAACUAGGCCAGAAAAGAUCGAAGGAUGAAAUGGACGAUGUCGGCACGUCAAAUGAUGGCGAUGCGAAAAAGGUCAAAUAUGAACAUGCACCAACGAUUCGUCUUGUGGUUUCGGGGUACCAAAAGUGGGUGAAUAACGCCAAAGGGGAAGACCGUGACAAGAAACAACUUCGCAAUCUCGGAAUUCUUGUUACUACCGACGCCAGCAAAGCGACACACGUUGCAGCUCCCAACAUUGUCCGGACACAGAAAUUCGUGACUGCUCUUGCCUACGCGCCCUUGGUUAUCUCGACGAACUUUAUUGAUGCUUGUCUUGUGGAGGACAAGAUGCUCGAUCCGGAGAAGUACAAGCUGUGCGACAAAGAAAAUGAGAAGAGAUUCCAUCUAUCUCUCGCCAAGACUCGACAGCGGGCGAAACAGAACGCGAACCAACUUCUUCGAGGCCGAUGUAUCUACUGCAUGGAAAAUAUCCGUGGGGGCUUUGAUACAUUCAAAGCCAUUGUCGUGGCCAACGGUGGGCGAUGUAUGUUGUGGAAGAACCGCAAGGGAACGAUAGUUCCAUCCGGGCGGGCAGACAGCGAGGGGCCCACAGAUGCCGACGCCAACCACAAUGUAUAUCUGAUUAGUGACAUCAGCAGGGAAAAUCAGGGUCUGUGGUCCCGCUUUAGAAAGAUGGCGGAGGAGAGUCGGAAAGUACCGAAAAUCGUGGCGUCAGACUGGCUGUUGGAAGUUGCAAUGUGCCAGGAGAUACGGCCCACGAAGCCAUACGAGUUGUAG